AUGCCCGGCGAAGACGUCAUCACCCUCCAUGAGGCCCAGCCUCUACGGCAGCCAGGAACGCCAGUGGAUAACCGGCCUGCGCCCUCCCGUCCCAAUCAUGUUGGCCAACGACCUUAUCAAUCCAUAGCCGUCUCGGAAGAGGCACGGAGUUUUUGGGAUCAACCAGAAAAGCCCGAGAUGACGCUCGCUCUCACUCGGCAAUCUCCAUACCGGAGGCCAAGAGAAUCGAAUAUCAUCGGCCAUCCAUCGGAGCAAACCUGCUCUCCAGAGAAGCGGAUCGACCUUGUCUACGACCCAUCGAAUGGAGACAAAAACAUGACGGUUCAGCUUGUGAUGGAUGUUGAGGAGGACUGGGAGGCUGAUUUCGAGGCCUUCUGUCGUCUUCGCCGGCUUGGCCAAAACAAGGAUGCAAGGAAGCAUUUCGUUGCGACUCGAACACCUGAGCACCGUGCCCAUCCUAUGGCUGCAGUACGCCGAGAUGCUUCUUGCGUGCGGCGAUUACAAGGCCAUGGAAGCCUCGACCCUUCCUUCAGAGCUCGUGAAACCAUCAACCGGCGCGCUUCUCUCGCCAGAGGAAGACAAAAUACUCGUUCCUACAAGCUCUUCAACCUUCUUCUUUCGCGAUCUCGUGAUGUAACCCCGGAAGGCAUUCAUGUCGCGCUGAAGAUGUGA